AAUCCACGGCUGACACCACAGGAACCAUCAUUUCAAUACAGUGGUACAGUUGGCGUAAUGGUGGACAAAGGAUCUUAUGCAUGGGGAAAUUUCACAAUGGAAAGAGAGGAAGAUCGGACGUCAUUUCUGGUCAAAGUGCCGACAUUUAGGCUAGAAUGUACAUCAAGUCCGCCAGAGAGAACGGAACGAUUGAGCUGA